UUAGUAGAUGCGCAGUGACCGAAACGUUGAACCGCACGCCGUGGUUAAUCUUGCCGAGUGGGUACCAAGUAGUGCGCGAGUUGAGUUGAGUCUGCGUUAGUGCAACGGUUCCGGUACCAUCCAGGUCCCUUCACUUUCUCACUUUUUCCCUCCCCCACCACCACCACCACCCCCUACAAAACACAUUCACCCCACCCCACGGUUCACGUGGUGUAAUCCGUAUUGUGUGUGUCCGGUAGCCCAUUCGCACUCGUGACGGAGUUGUUGCGUGAUAAAACGACGGGGGGUGGUAUCGGCGGUGUGGUGAAAGUGUCAGGCAGUGGUCUUCAACAACAAAAAGACACAAAAAAGGGCACAGGGGUGAAGGUCACUGGAACACCGGUUACGUGCUUUGGGGGAACCUCUGUGCAAAAGCUGCGUCCACGUUUACAACCGAUCAACCGAGCCACACUUCCCGUUUUCGUCGGUCCCGAACUCGCCCAACAAACUGCCAAAACAGUAUGGCGCACCAUCAAACCGGCCGUGCACUGCUUAUCCUGUUUACCUUCCAGCUCUUCAUCGUAUCGCUGUACGCCAAUCCACAAACGUUCGGGCCACUGAUACGCGACCGUGCGAUACGCGAUCGCCAGCAAACGUCCGAGGAAGAUUUAAAUGCCAACAUUGAGCGGAUCUAUCGGAAAGACUUUAAAACGGCCGCACCACCCAAAGAGCACAGCACGGAUGAGGUGGAACCAUCGCCAACGGAACUCAUCUCACGUUCGAAUGCCGGUAGUACAACGCGCCCUAGGCGACCGAUUGAGAACAACGAACAGAACGCGAUGGUGUACGUGAUUCGUGAUUCCGAUGGAAAGCUGGUGCCAAAGUUUGCUGAACCUUCAUCGAUAGCUACCACACCACGCAGUGCAAGCAAACCCGACCCACCAUUGCCCAACGAAAAGAACGGCAUGUUUGUGCUCAAGCUUUCCACCCCAAGUAACCAAUCGCUGAUGGAAGUUGAAGAUCCCAAAUUUGAGGACGGAUCCUACCCGUCCGGGUAUCCAAUCGAACUGAUCGAUAAUAUACUGAAAAUGCACAAGGGCUACUAUGAGGAUGUGUUUGAGAAAACAUUCAAGCGGGAACCGCUAACGACGCGCGUUAACAGCGAAUCGGACAAAUAUUUGUGUGCGUCAGAAACGCGCACCGAAUAUCCAACCUCCAGCGUGGACAAUGUAGCGAUCGUGAACGUGAAGGGUUUCUAUCAGCCCGUUGUGUAUGAGAUGUGUUUAAACAAUGGCAGCACUUGCAGCAAAAGUAAUACCAGCGCCAAGUAUAAGCUUAUCUGCUUGCAGACGUACAGGUACUACAAGAUGUUUGUCGCCCCGAUUGCAACGAGUAGUGAGCCGGACAAGUUUAAGUUUAUAGACGUCCGGUUACCGGCCUGCUGCAAGUGUGCCCAGGUCCCGGAAGAUGCAACAAUGAAAUAGACACACCGAACCCUGAACACUCGAACUUCGUACCAUUAAUAUGUUUAACACAUCCCCCCCCUAAUAUGCCAUAUUGUCUAGACGUGCGCGUGCCUAUAUGUGCUAUAUAGUUAUAUAUACUUCAAACCUUUUUCCCAUUGGAUCAAGGUUCAAGGAUUUUAAUCCCACAUUACCUUGAUUCCGCUUUGGUGUGAUUUGUGUUUAAUUUUGCUCCCUGUUUUUAUUUUUUUGUUUUUGUUUUAUAAUGCAACGAUUGUUAGCGCAAUAACAAACUCUGCAUAACAUAGUAACCAUACGUGUGCUCUCCAAACCGAUUCGCAUCCGCUUUUGCUUAUGCGUGUUGUCCUAACUAAAUCACAACACAUUGACGGUGCUUCUUUCUACAUGUAUGGGGCAGUGGUAGGGUUAUCAAGCAACCAGACAGAGCACAGAAACUGCCCGAUCCACACUCUCUCUCUCUCUCUCUCUCUUAUUGACUAGCAUUUAGCAGCACCGAUCGCGAUCCCAAAUGCUCGUGUAUAAUUUUAGUGCAAGCCAAAAAAUAUAGUAAACCCAUUGUUGUCUAA